GUGACAGGGACGGAAGGCCAGGCCUCCCCACACUCACUCAUCUGUGAGAAAGAGCAAAAGUAAGAGAAAAAGGGUUAGAGGCAGCAGCUCAGCAGGGCAUCUGGCUGGGACCCAGGGCCAGGUCUUAGUCACACAGCCGCUGAGGCUCCUACCACCCAGCAGGUCAGAUUACUUGCCGCAGGAAAAUAGCAAAGGCUUCUGGGAAAGCCCAGCAGAAGCAAAGGAACCCACCCCAUGGAGAGAUGCCUGAUGGAGGCAGCCAAUGGCUCCAAGGAUGGCUUGGAUUCCAACCGCAUGAAGCACUACAUGAUCCUGAGCAGUUCGCAAAAGAUAGCUGUCGCAGUGCUGUGCACACCUUUGGGCCUGCUAAGUGCCCUGGAGAACCUGGCUGUGCUCUACCUGAUCCUGUCCUCCCACCGGCUCCGCAGGAGGCCCUCAUACCUGUUCAUUGGCAGUUUGGCUGUGGCUGACUUCCUGGCCAGUGUGGUCUUUGCCUGCAGCUUUGUAAAUUUUCAUGUCUUCCAAGGUGUGGAUUCUGACGCUGUCUUCCUGCUGAAGAUCUGCAGCGUGACCAUGACCUUCACAGCCUCUGUAGGCAGCCUGCUGCUGACCGCCAUUGACCGCUACCUCUGUCUGCGCUACCCACCUAAAUACAAAGCCCUACUCACCCGUGGGAGGGCACUGGUGACCCUGGGCAUCAUGUGGGUCCUCUCAGCAUUGGUCUCCUACCUGCCCCUCAUGGGAUGGACUUGUUGUCCCAGUCCCUGCUCUGAGCUUUUCCCCCUGAUCCCCAAUGACUAUCUGCUGAGCUGGCUCCUGUUCAUUGCCUUCCUCUUCUCUGGUAUCAUCUACACCUAUGGGCAUGUCCUCUGGAAGGCUUAUCAGCAUGUAGCCAGCUUGGCCGAGCACCAGGACAGGCAGGUGCCAGGAAUGGCCCGGAUGAGGCUGGAUGUGAAGUUGGCUAAGACCCUGGGCAUGCUGCUGGCUGUGCUCUGCAUAUGCUGGUUUCCAGUACUGGCCCUCAUGGUCUACAGCCUGGUCACCACUCUAAGCGACCAGGUCAGGAAGGUCUUUGCCUUCUUCUCCAUGCUCUGCCUUGUUAAUUCCAUGGCCAACCCUGUCAUCUAUGCCCUUCGGAGUGGGGAGAUCCGCUCCUCUGCCUACCACUGCCUGGCCCGCUGGAGGAGGCACCUGAGGGGCCCUGGGCCCGAGGGAAAAGAAGAGGUCCCGAAGUCCUCAGUCACUGAGACAGAGGCUGAUGUGAAAAUCACCCAGUGACCAGAUUCCAGAGGUCUAUACUGCUCUGAUUGCUGAUGAGGCCUCUUUCACAGUUUUAAACAAGCAAAGUCAGAAGUCAUUUCACUCCCUAGAGAAAAGAGAGUGGUCUUGACCGUCCAAUCUUACCUGAACCAGCCUCAGGGGGCCUGGACACUUACCCCAUUUUGUUGAUGAGUGUUGGCACUGAACUCUGGAGCAUAGCCUGGCCAUGCCUCCCUGCACAGUUUGCGGGAUAGCUUGGAGUGGCCAGGUAGGCAGGAAGAAAGAGGCUGGGACAGGCUCAUAGCCUGUCAGGUUAGGACAACCUUCCCCACAAGAUGGCUUAGUGCCUGCAUCCUCCAGGGACCACAGGAGCCAGAUGGAGCCUUCAGCAACAGCACUGAGGGACUCAACAUCUGAGAAGGAGAAUGGAUUAUUCUCCUGGAAUCCAAGGGUAUCGGAUGGGAUAGCUGGCCAGCCCUUGUUCCUGCUUAAUUGCUGGGACCUCCCUGCUUCCGGAGCUAUGAGAGGCCCCACCUUCAGGUCACCCUUUCCCAUGGAGGACCAAGAACUAUGAUGAGAUGAGGCUCAAGGGUUUUGGUCUGCCUUUUUCUGAGGUAAUUGAUAACCAGCCCCCCUACCCCGCCAGCUCAGGAUACCUUGUUAUUAGGGCAGUGGCUCUCCCUGACACCCUGAUCAUCCCCACUCACUGCCACUGUGACCUCCUAGGUCCCUGGGGAAUAUAGAAGAGGCUGGGAUCACUUGAGACACAAAACCUUCAGAGAAUUUUACUGAUCCUAUGACAUCCUAUUUGGUGGCACCACAGGAAGCAAGCAAAGUGCCAGCCUAAGCCAACUCCAGAAAGGGGGGGAUAUACUUCACAAAUCUCCAAAUUCCUCCCAGGUGCCCCUCAAUUCAGCCCCACUGUCUUCUUCACACCCCUAUAAUGAAUAAUAAGCAGAGCGAGUGGGGAGAGGGAAACUCCCUUACCAUGUGCUAGGCACAAGGCUGACAGCCCAUAGCCCACAGUCCGCAGUCCACUAUCUCCAGCAAGAAUACAGCCCCACGCUUUUCCAGAUUCCAGGAAACAUCCACAUUUUACACAUCAGGGAGGCUGGAUUCCUACCAGAGGGACUUAAAACAGUAGACAAGAGAAAUUGGUGGUGGGGGGGAGGAUUGCAGAGGAAUUCUAAUGUUAUUAUUCAGGACACAGGCAGAAGAAAAAGAAAAAUAUUUAUUAGACAUGCCUUCAUUUAAUGACAAGGUAUCCACUGUUCAUUCAUUCAUCCACCCAUCUCACAAAUAUGUGUCAGGUUCUGUGAUGCAUCCCUGAUACCCAGCCAUAAACAAAACUACUGCUGUCUAAUGGGACAUACAUUCUACAUUACGGUGGGAAGAAAGCCAAUAAGUAAAUAAAGAAGAUAAUUACUGGUGGUACAAGUCAGGAGAUCGUCAGGGUCAUGGGGUAGGGACUGAGUGAGGCAGAGAGAAAACCCGCUGUGUCCUCUGGCCAUAAUGCCUGCUGGCUUUUACGGAGUCUUCACUAUGUGCCAGGCACUGGGCUAAGUGCUUUUCAAUGAGGUGAUUCACUUAGUCUUCACAAAAACCUGCUGAAGAGAGUCUUGGUAUCCUCAUUUUACAGAUAAGGAAACUUCUAAGAGGCAAAACCACUUGCCUGGGGCCAUACUGCUAAUACAACCAAAGCUGGGUUGCCAGUCCAGUUUUGUUGACUUCAAAGCCUGCCCUCUUCACCGCUAACCUGUUGGCCUUCUUCAGUCAAAUCAGGCUUGAUUAGGAGUGAUAUUAGGCUUCUGAAACAUUUGAUUCCUGCAACUUUUAACUCAUUAUUAUUUCUUGAUGUACUUCAUUUUAUGCUUUGUAUUAAUUUCCUGUAACAAUUUUCCACAAACUGAGAGGCUAAAAAAAAGCAUAAGUUUAUUCUUUCACAGUUCCAGAGGCUAGAAGUACAAAAUCAAGGCGCUGACAGGGCCAUGCUCCCUCCAAAGUUUCAAGGGGGGAAGAUCCUUUUUUGCCUCUUCCAGCUUCUGGUAGCUUCUGUGUUUGGCUUGUGGUAACAAAACUCCAAUCUCUGCCUCCAUCUUCACAUGGCCUUCCCCACCUUUGCUUAUUGGUGUCUUCUUUUAAGGACACCAGUCAUUGGAUUAAAGCACACCCUAAUCCAGUAUGACCUCACCUUACUGUAAUAAAUUACAUCUACAAUGACUAUUUCCUAGUAACUAAGGUAGCAUUCACAGGUUCUGAGCGGACAUGAAGUUUUGGAGGACACUAUUCAACCCAGCAGAGCCCCCAAGGACAAAGUCCCCGCCCCUAUUACAGCCCAUAUCAUGAACUGUGUUAGUGGCCGUCACUGGCCUGUCUUCCCCCAUGGAGUGAGCUCCAUGUUCACCUCCGGAUGCCAGGGUCCCAUGAGGACGCAGCAUACAGUCGUCUGGGGACCAGUCAAUAUCUGUGGACCUGAACUGCUUCUGAAAAGCUUUGAACUGCGUUUUGGAAAAUUGAAUUUUACUUUAACCCAGACACCUAUCUUUUUUGUCAGGAAAGAAAUGGCAUGAUUUUUUAAAGGUGAAUUUGGGGUUCUGUUGCCAGGCAGCUGCGUCUGGGGAGGUCUCUCCCUGCUCCCUAGGUGAAGCACUAGGAGAAACCUCACCUGGACGGGGUUCUUGACUCUGGACUAGAAAGAAUUUUCAAACAGGUCAGACAAAUACAGGUGAGGAAGGAAUUCAUUAAAGCAAGAGUAGGUAGUAGGGAGUGGCAGCUGCCCUCUAGGUGGCUGAGAACAGGGAGAUACAGAGGGAUGGAGGGCAAGUUUGUUGAAUUCCUUCUCGGCCUAGGGCAGAUUUCCUUGCCAAGUCCUAAAGCCAGGGUGACCCUGUGUCCUGUAUCCACUUGGAUCUGCACAGCAUGAUGACUGAGCCCCUACCACCCCAGGGUUUGGGGGAGCCGCGGGGCACAGGAUGGAGUGAGAUUAUGUUCUUUCUGAGAACUUCCCAAAGAAAGGAGAUUUUCAGGCAGGCUGCUAAAGGCAGAUCGUACAGCUGCAGUUCUGUCUGCGUCACCCAGGCCACGGGAACUUACAGGCCCAAAUCAGAGCUCUCAGCAGCUCCUCCAUAUUUAUCAGGAGUAAAACACAGACACAGUGAAGACUUGGAAAUAAAAUAAAAUGGCAAAGAGACAACAAAGGCACGCGCCACUGUGAGAGCAAAGAGACAACGCAGUAAGUUGAGCAGUGUGAAGGCUUUAUUUAGGAGUACACACUUCAAGGGGAGUGCGGGCAACCUUAGAGAUGAAGUGCACUGAAAGGCUGGGGAUUCUGUCUUUUAAGGCUUUCAAGAAUGGGGCAAAGGACAGAGGGGGGUUUGUUGGGCUUCG